GUUUGAGGAGUAUGUGAUCGCGUAUAUAAAAUCGAUAAGAUGGAAUUCUGAAAGUUUGAGGAGUAUGUGAUCGCGUAUAUAAAAUUGAUAAGAAAGGGGAUGGUUGGAACAUGCAUGGAGUCACAUUUAUUGCAUACAAAAGAUAGGCUCUGUUGUAUUGGAUAUAAUAACCAUUGUGCACCAUGGGAGAAGGCAACAUCAAUAGAUGUAAAAAGAAAGAAAAAUGUGAAACGACACGAUAUCCAAGAAUGACGUGGAAGCGGCCAUUGGAAUUCUUAAUGAAUAUAGUGGGAUACACUAUCGGCCUCGGAAACAUUUGGAGAUUUCAAUAUCUUUGCUACAAAAAUGGAGGAGGAGCAUUUCUCAUACCAUACUUUCUCGUAGCAGCUCUAUGUGGCAUACCUUUGUUCUUUCAAGAAAUUGCUAUUGGACAAUUCACAAAACAAAGCUGUCUCAACGCAUGGAAUAUAGUUCCGGCGAUGAAGGGUAUCGCUUAUUCACAACUCAUUAUUGCUUGGUAUUUCCUCAGCUAUCUCGCUGUGGUGAUGGCUUGGAUAACAUUUUAUCUUGUUAAUUCGUUCACUACAGAAGAUUUACCUUGGUCAACUUGCGAUAAUGAAUGGAAUACAGAUAUGUGCCUAUCAAUCGCUCACUUGGAAAAUCAUAAUACUUCCAUCGCAAUUGAAAACGUAACAAUGAAUGUUACUUCUCCAACCAACGAGUUUUGGGCAAACCACGUAUUGAGGCGAACAGAUGGAAUUCAUGACAUGGGUAGUUUUACAAACUGGAGAAUGAUGUUGUGCUUCCUAUUUUCUUGGUUUGUCAGCUAUUUGUGUGUUUUGAAAGGGAUACGAACAACGGGGAAGGUAGCGUACGUAACAGUCACCGCACCUUACAUCAUGAUUCUGAUUCUUCUUAUCCGUGGAGCAACACUCGAUGGAGCUGCUAGCGGUGUCUGGUAUUUCAUCACUCCUCAACUGGAACGCCUAGCCGAUGCAUCAGUGUGGUUAGACGCUGGAGGACAAGUUCUUUUUACUCUCGGUGUGUGUUUCGCUGUACUUUGUGGGCUUGGUAGUUACAAUGAAUAUCAUACGGACUGCUACAAAUAUUCAGUUAUUUGCGUUUGCAUUUGUUGUGGAACAUCUAUAUUCAUUGGAUUAGUAAUAUUCUGCUUUCUUGGUCAUAUGGCUCAUGUGCACGGCAAGGACAUAUCGGAAGUCGCGGAAAGCGGUCCUGGACUUGUCUUUGAAGUAUUUCCUGCUGGUUUAACUUUAUUACCAUUACCACAAGUAUGGUCCAUAAUAUUUUUUGUCGCUCUAUUUUUCGUUGCAAUUGAUACAUCGUUUGGAACUAUAGAGGGUUGUGUCGCAAUAUGUGAGGAUAUAAGCCCUCGUUGGUAUGCCCGCAUGGGACCUCGAUUAUUCCGAAUGAUAGUUUGUCUUAUCCCGUUUCUUCUUGGUAUUCCGAUGCUUUUUGACGGUGGAAUAUAUGUUUUUGAGCUUUUCAAUUUGUAUGGAAACAGCGGCAUUUGUAUCUUGUUCGUGGCGUUUUGUGAAGCUGCAGCACUGGCAUGGAUUUACGGCGUUGAAAGAUUUUUUGAUGACGUUAAGUCAAUGAUUGGAUAUUAUCCCAACGUUUACUUUCGAUACUGUUACAAAUAUUUUGUUCCAGCUAUAACUCUGCUCAUCUUCAGUGUAUAUUGUGUAACAUAUUCUCCAGUAAAAAUCGGUGACUAUACAUACCCGGAAUGGGCAAAUGCGAUUGGGUGGAUCCUCAUGCUACUUGUUAUCGGUCCAAUUCCAUUGUUUUUUUUGAUGACAUUGAAAAAAGAACACGGUACAUUGACGGAGAGAUGGAAUCGAGCCAUCGAAAGUCGAAUCAAGCGCCAAGAAAUCCCAAUCAAUUCGGAGGAGGCCACUCAACUCAAGGAAGAAAAAGUUUAGAACUGAAUUGUGUAAUAAAAACUAAGUCUGUCAGGCGGAUCAUAGUUUUACCUUUAGCUCCGACAUAUUUAAAAUGCCGACUGAGUAUCCAAAAAACUUUUGACGUAGACUAUUCUGUUUUAGUUGAAAAUUUGAACUCCGACUCUCGAAAUUCAGAUUCGUGAAGUUUUGAAUCACAACUCCAGUUCCAAUUAGAAUACUAACAAAACGAUACUCGACUGCACAAUCCUGGUUUAAACGAACACAUCUUGAUAUUGUCAUUGAAUAUGAAUUGUCAUUAAAUUGUAUUGCUAUUUAUUGAAGAAAGUAAUCUAAUCUAAUGUUACCAUUAGGUUGCGUGGGUGAAGUAAUCUCUAGGAUAAUAUAAUCUCUAAGGAUAUUAUACUAAAAUAAGCUACCGCUAAAAUUGUACACAAUUUCAUUGUUUUGACUUUGUAUUGUAUAGACUGGGCAUCAGCAAAUCACUUGAAAGAGCAGACUUUUUCAGUCGAUAUUGAUUUUUUAAGAGAAAAAUAUACAAUACACGACCAGUAAUCCAACCAUUUUAAUCAUUUACCAAUUGCUUGCCAAUUGCAGUAUCCCUAUUUGAAAAUAUUUUUCUAGAUUGCAAUUGCUUUCGUUGGAUUUUUUUUUGCCCCGUAAGGAAAAAGAAAAUGAUUGCGAUAAAAAAAUUCCUGUGGCCUCGUUAGGCCUUAGACUUGUCGUACUCGAGUUAGUAUAAAUUAUAAAAAGAGCAUAGUUAUUGAAGCUAAAAUUACAAAAGUUUCAAUUUUUAAUCAAAUCCACUCUGAUGUGCAUACAGACAACUUCCGCGUUCGCAUGCGGAAUAUCAAUUUAAACAACUUCCCGCGUAUGAAUUUGGACGCGCAGUUUAUUUUUCGAUAGUUCGAUAAAUCAAAACCCUGGUUUCAAGUUGUUCUGGGUGUGUUCUAUGCUUAUUGCUUUGUAGUAGUAAAGAAAUGACAUGUUAUUUUUUUUUUACAAUCAGGCCAUGUAUAUUACAACAGGUGAGAAGAAUAGAAACUGCGUUUCCAAAUAUUUUUUGAAAAAACUAUCGUAUAGAAUAGUGAUGAAUCUCAUUACAUAUGAAAAACUCGGCAAAAAUAUGCUUUCGUGGAAUUGGAAACACUAGAUUGUAGCAGUGUCAAGAAUGCACAGUUAUCGUAGUUUACGGGUUAUGUUACCUAAGUAAAUCAUACGAGCAUGCUUGUUAUCGCACUGGUGAUCACCCUGUGCAGUAU